UUUUGUUUUUCAUCUGACAGCAAAGUGCAAAGGGAAAUUACGAAUAAUCCUCUGCGAAGCCAAAGGCAAAUAUUCAGUUUUUGUUUUGAGAAAUCUUUCGUCGUUUACAUCAAAACAAAAACCGAAACGUCCUACAAAGGUAAAUGGCCCCACCGGCUAUGAUAGGAAGCAUUAUAAACAAAAACAAACCCAAAAUGUCAGACCAGCAUGGACAGCAACUCAAAUUAAUGGAUAUCGCGAGUAGACGAAGUCUGCGAGGAUUAAAACGCUGUCCGAGUUGUGGAACAUUCAACGGAAAUCGCAGCCAAAUGUGUCGCAAUCCAGAGUGCGAGCUUCGCAAGCAAAUACUCAACAACAAGAAGUCCAUGGAUCCGAUUCAGUUGAUUUCGCACACUGAUUCCAAGUUCUACAGUGUCCGCAUUAAGGAACGAGAAUGCGCUCCGAGGAAUUUCGUUCAAAUCACCGACUCCUACACUCAAGAGGGCAAGAGUUUGCUGAUAAAGCGGAAAGCCAUUUGUUUUGUGGACACCUGUAAGUACGAUUCCAAGGACAUCGAUAUUAGCUGCAAGCAUGUCAAGGCGACUGCGGAAUCUGUGAAGGUCGCCGAAAAGUUUAUAAUUCACUACGACACUCUUUGGAGUCUGCCAAUUGGAGUUGAGGACAAAGUUCGUCUAUGGGAGUCAUACAAGGAGGAGGAAUCCGCUGUUCCAGCUGUGCAGAGGAUAAACAAUACGACAUUUGUGACAAAGUGCGCCAGGUCGAAUAUAUUCCCAUCGGGGAGACUGCAUGUGACAGUCCUCACGAACGACAAGAAAAUAGAAGCUCAAACAUUUUCGUGUGCUUGUAAGAAACUGAAAAUACUCCUGUCGCCAAAUAAUUCGGUGUCGUUGAAAGAAGAUAUCUGCGAUCAUUUGAUCUUGGUGGUGGCAGCAGUGCUCAGCAGAUGGGCAUCUCCAUGCCAAAAUGAAUUCAGUAAUUUUACUAAAGAAAUAAUGUCAGUGUGGAAACCUCAAAUAGCUGAUGGAAGUCCGGAGAAGCUGGUUGUUGAAAAUAGCUCUGGAAAUGGUGAUAUCUUCAUUUUUGACAAUGAACUCCUGCCAACCGAUGAUUUAUCAGAUUUUACUGAUAAUAUUUUAAAAUCAGUCCUAAUAAAGGACGAGAAUGCGAACACAAAUACGCACCAAAACAUGUACCAAGGUGACCCGAGCAUGGUUUCCGGAUGCACAACCGACGAUGCGGAUAUUCCUUUCGAGGCUAUUAGUUGUAUAGACGUGAUGAAUGAACAAAGUACACGAUUAGAACUAAGCGACUGCAAUAUUGAAUUAAUGGAUCAGUUCGAGCUGACAAAUCAAAUUGACUUAUGUAAUGGCGGAGUUAUUCUCUCCGACACCGAUCUAUUCCAAGGAAACAGCAUAGUAAUGCCUGAUUUGUCGGAUACAAUUGUCGAUGAUUUAAUUGUUGCUCAAAAUCAAAAUCAACCCCAACUUAUGUUGCCCAUCACACCAUUACCAGUUGUUGAACAAAAUGCUGUGAGAAUAAGUAAGAAAAAGACGAAAAAGGUUAAUAUCGCUCAUAGUCCCAAGAAGACUUUAGAAGUGGUUAAAAGUGCUGUUGUAGAUGCUGGAAAGGGAUUGAAUCCUGGUCCAUCGUUAGAGUAUGUAAUGUGGCUGGACCAUGUUAUUGAGUGUAUCAACAUGAAUGUUGACUUUAACUCGGAGGAACCAAAUGUUUCGUUAAGCUUUAAUGUUCAUGAGGAUGUUUUUGCCCACUUUAGCACAAGUUUUACAAAUGGAGUCAAAUGUCGGCUUCCAAACAGCACGGUGGUCGUGAAAAAAGGUAAAUUCAAAGGACUUUUAAAAUACACCUGGAUCUUACAGAGUGCAUCUAAAGUUCAGAGUAUCUUUAAAACGAAAAACAUGUCUGUGGAAGUUGAAAGAAAAUUCCAACCCAGUGGCGACAAAUAUGUUCCUUAUGUGGACGAGCAAUGUGAUCUCAUCGUACUCAAUAAAAAGUAUAAGAAAAUUUCCCCAAAAAUGUACAUCGCACAUAUUUGGUUCGACUGUAGUAAUAAUAAUCAAAAAACUGGAUUCAAAAUCGAGUGGGUACCGAAUGUCUUUCCAAAAAGUAAUUUCGGCGUCUUGAAUAUUGAGUUUUCUGUUGGCUUAAAGCAUUGAGAGCUCGCCUUGUGUAAUAUAUUUAGAAUAAGAUAUAAUUCCAUAGUUGUAUAGGUUAGAAGUAUUAAUUGUUUAUAAAAAUUUCGUUAAAACUAAAAUAUUAUUAUAGAAAAAAAAAACAACGAUUUAAUCGAA